AUAAUAUUUAAAUAAUUAGUGGAUGCUUUAUUUACCGGAAUUCUUUCAAAUAACUUAUCCAAAGAAAUUAUUUUUACCAAAAUUUAAGCUUUUAAUGAGUUGGCUUAAAAGGAUCACAUUUUUUACCCUGGAAUACACAGUACUCCCUUAACUUUCUGCGGCCAAAUGGCGCCAACUGGCCACAUGCAGUGUUAAGUGCAACUUGUCCUUGACCGCCAGCAAAAUUAAAAGAGUAUUGCAUGUGGCUGGCAGUUGAAAGAACAUAAAAAGAAAUAUCCCUUGAAAGGACCAGAGACGAGGACCCACAAAAGAGGAUCAAGUGAAAGCUCGGUUAUUAAGAGUCGGCAGCUUCGGAUAAGUCGGACAGCCUCAACGGUUCGGUUUCUAUGGCGCUGCGCUAUUAAAUGUGGCGCAAGUGCAGCGGGAUCAUUACGCAACGCCCCCCAUCCCGAUUAAAGGCUGGAAAAUGUCGGAAAUUGUGGACACCGAGCUGCUGGUCAACUGCACCAUCCUCGCCGUCCGGCGAUUCGAGCUGAAUAGCAUUGUCAACACCACGCUCCUCAGCAGCCUGAACAGAACCGAGGUGGUCAGCCUCCUGUCGAGCAUCAUCGACAACCGGGAUAAUCUCGAGAGCAUCAACGAGGCCAAAGACUUUCUAACCGAGUGCCUGUUUCCAUCGCCGACACGGCCGUACGAGUUGCCAUGGGAGCAGAAAACGAUUUGGGCCAUCAUUUUCGGCCUGAUGAUGUUUGUGGCCAUUGCCGGGAAUGGUAUUGUUCUCUGGAUUGUAACAGGACAUCGCAGCAUGAGGACGGUCACAAAUUACUUCCUGCUGAACCUGAGCAUUGCCGACCUGCUGAUGUCGUCGCUGAACUGCGUCUUCAACUUUAUAUUCAUGCUGAAUUCGGAUUGGCCAUUCGGUUCGAUUUAUUGCACAAUCAACAAUUUCGUGGCCAACGUGACGGUCUCCACUUCGGUCUUCACGCUCGUGGCCAUAAGUUUCGAUAGAUACAUCGCCAUUGUGCAUCCGCUGAAGCGCCGCACGUCGCGUCGGAAGGUGCGCAUCAUCCUGGUCCUGAUCUGGGCACUCAGCUGUGUCCUGUCGGCUCCCUGUCUGCUCUACUCCAGCAUCAUGACCAAGCACUAUUACAAUGGAAAAUCGCGGACAGUUUGCUUCAUGAUGUGGCCGGAUGGACGAUAUCCCACUUCGAUGGCGGACUAUGCGUACAACCUCAUCAUCCUGGUACUGACCUACGGCAUUCCCAUGAUAGUGAUGCUCAUCUGCUACUCCCUGAUGGGUCGAGUUCUGUGGGGCAGUAGAUCGAUUGGCGAGAACACGGAUCGCCAAAUGGAGUCGAUGAAGUCGAAGCGGAAGGUAGUGCGCAUGUUCAUCGCCAUUGUGUCCAUCUUCGCCAUCUGCUGGCUGCCGUACCACCUGUUCUUCAUCUACGCCUACCACAACAACCAGGUGGCCUCCACGAAGUACGUGCAGCACAUGUAUCUCGGUUUCUACUGGCUGGCCAUGUCCAAUGCGAUGGUCAAUCCGCUCAUCUACUACUGGAUGAAUAAGAGGUUCCGGAUGUACUUCCAGCGCAUCAUCUGCUGCUGCUGCGUGGGCCUCACCCGCCAUCGAUUCGACUCGCCGAAGAGCCGGCUGACGAACAAGAACAGCUCGCACCGACACACAAGAGGUGGGUACACCGUCGCCCACUCGCUCCCCAACUCCUCCCCCCAGACCACCCAGACUAUUUUGGCCGCCCAGGCCCAGACUCACUUGACCCACCAACACUCAUCCACACUCCCCCCGCAACCUUCCGCAGCGGAGACCAAGAGUCAGUGGAAGCGCAGCACGAUGGAGACGCAGAUCCAGCAGGCGCCGGUCUCCAAUUCUUGCCGGGAUCCGCGGAUGCGCGAGGCAACCGCCCAGCCACAAACGUGCGGCGUAGGUGGACCCAAUGCCAAUCGGUCGGCCGUCGAGUGCAUCAUGGAACGGCCGGUGGACGGGACCAGUUCGCCGCUCUGCCUUUCGAUCAACAACAGUCUCGGCGAGCGGCAGCGCGUGAAAAUCAAAUACAUCUCCUGUGACGAGGACAAUAAUCCCGUGGAGCUCAGUCCCAAGCAGCUGUGAUGUUGUCCCGAUUUGUCGUCCUGCCACUGGAACGGAAUUUAGAUGGCCGUCGCCUCGUUUCGCUGCGGGGGAAAUGCAAUUUGCCGCUGCUUACUCUACUCUGUACAUAGACCCACUCCCAGAAAAAUAAGAAACAUGAUUGCAUAGCAGGGUGGGUCGAUC